AUGGCUAGCAGCAUUGAAUGUAGUGAUAGUAUACAUUUACAUGAGUCAUGCAGCAAUAAUGAUGAUGAUGCUUCAAUUCACAGUAUAUAUGAUGGUGAUCAAAUGAUAUGUGAAACUAAUACUCAACAAUUUAACAUACCUUAUAAUUCAGCUACUGAUGUUGACUUGGUCUCUGAUCAUUACGUGGCUCAGAUGAGAUGUACAACUAAUUAUGAGCAAUUUGAUGUGCCCUUUAAUUAUGGUAUUAGUACAUACAGUGUUGAUUCUCUUAGUACAAUUUACUAUUUUGUUUAUGUUGAUUAUUUUCCUUAUCUCAACAAUAUAUAUGCAGUUUCUGAUAAUCCCAGAUAUUUCAACAUCGGUCAGCCAAGUUGUGUGUGUCCAGAUUGUGGUGCAAUAAUGUGGUACCAAGAACGUGUUAAGAGUGGCUCAAGGGUCAAUCCCAAGUUUUCGCUAUGUUGUAAUCAAGGGGAUAUAGAACUUGCACCCUACAAGCAAUUGCCACAACCCCUAUAUAAUUUAUACCAUGGCCGUGAUAGUAGAAGCAAUUUUUUCAUUGAGAAUAUUAGAUCCUUCAAUAGCAUGUUUGCUUUUACAUCAAUGGGUGGUAGAAUUCACACCAGUAUUAAUAGCGGAAAUGCACCACCUGCCUUUGUCUUAAAUGGUGAAAAUUAUCAUCUUAUUGGAAGUUUGCUUCCUUUGCCCAAUAGACCACCUAAAUUCGCCCAGCUGUACAUAUACGAUACCGAGAAUGAAAUAUCAAAUAGGAUGUCAUCUGUUGGAAUGACAGAUGAUCCAGUUGCAUUCAAGUCAUCUAUUGUGCGAGAUAUACGAUAUGCGCUGGACAGUUGUGGUAAUCCGUAUGUUCGAAUGUAUGCUAUGUUACGGGAUACCAUUCAUUUCCAGGAAGCUCCAACUGUUAAGUUACGUCUUCUAGGCAAACGAUCCCGUGAUGGCAGGCGGUAUAAUCUUCCGUCUGUUUCGGAGGUUGCUGCCUUAAUUGUUGGUGACUUUGAUGCUGCUGACUUCGAUAGAGACAUUAUUGUUCAGACUCAAACUGGUCUUUUGCAGCGCGUAUCAACCUUUGAACCGUGUUAUUGGCCCUUACAAUAUCCGCUUUUGUUUCCUCGGGGAGAGGAUGGAUACAGUAGGGACAUUGAGUUCAGAGAUAGUCCAAAGAAAUCUAAAAGGAAAAGGAAGUUUAUCACUCAGCUGGAGUGGGUUGGAUAUACCAUCCAGCAGAGGUGUAGAGAUGAAUCAACAGUUGUUUUUUCUAGGAGAUUAUUUCAUCAGUUUUUGGUUGAUUCUUUUAGUACAAUAGAGUCUGAUCGGUUGAGAUAUAUGAGAGAUCAUCAGAAAGAUUUAAGGGCUGCUAUGUACAAAGGGUUGACGGAAGCCAUUGUUAGCGGCGACUGUGAUGCGAACACUACAGGUAAACGAAUAGUUCUGCCUGCAAGUUUUGUUGGCGGGGCAAGGUAUAUGAUACAGAACUACCAAGAUGCAAUGUCCAUUUGCUCUUGGGCUGGAUAUCCCGACAUAUUUAUCACAUUUACUUGCAACUAUAAGUGGCCAGAAGUUGUUGAUUUUUUAAAAGUGCAUAAUCUUAGGCCAUCGGAUCGCCCUGACUUGAUAUCUCGAUUGUUUAAGAUUAAGCUGGAUCAGCUCAUAAAAGAUAUUAAGCAAGGGGAUAUUUUUGGCAAAGUCAAAGCAGUGAUUUACACAAUUGAGUUUCAAAAGCGUGGUCUUCCACAUGCUCACAUUUUAGUCUUCCUUUACCAGUCACAUAGAAUUGUCGGUCCAGAUGGUAUUGACAAAAUAAUAUCGGCUGAGAUACCGGAUAUACAUCGAGAGCCAGAGUUAUUUAGCGUUGUAUCUGCACUUAUGAUUCAUGGUCCAUGUGGACAGCAGAAUAAAAAAUCUCCAUGUAUGCAGCAUGGUCGGUGUUCCAAAUACUUCCCUAAGAAAUUUACCAGUCAUACAAUCAUUGAUUCUGAUGGUUAUCCUGUGUAUCGGAGGAGGGACAAUGGUGUGUAUAUUCAAAAGGGUGAACAUUUUAUUGACAACAGGUUUAUUGUUCCGUAUAAUAAAAAAUUGUUGCUCAAAUAUAAUGCUCACAUCAAUGUUGAGUGGUGCAAUCAAUCCCGAUCUAUAAAGUAUCUUUUCAAAUACAUCAACAAGGGACAUGAUCGUGUUACGGCUGGAUUCUAUAAUGAUAGUGGCAACGGAUCCGGUACUCAAAUGAUUGAUGAGAUAAAGACAUACUAUGAUUGUCGGUAUCUAUCUGCAUGUGAAGCUGUUUGGAGGAUUUUUGUGUUUGAUGUUAAUUAUAGAGAACCAUCUGUUGAACGGCUAACUUUUCAUCUUGAGGAUGAGCAGCCAGUGAUUUUCCAUGACGAUGCUUGCAUUGAAGAUAUUGUUGAAAAACCAUAUGCUAGGUGCAGUAAGUUCAUAGCUUGGAUGGAAGCCAAUAAAAAAUAUCCUCAUGCGCGUCAAUUGACGUAUAAUGAAUUUCCUACUAAAUUUGUAUGGAACAAGGAUGCGCGUCAGUGGACUCCGCGUAAGAGGGGGUUUUCUAUUGGAAGACUUCAUUUUGCCCCUCCUGGAUCCGGUCAACGAUUUUAUUUGAGGACUAUUUUAAAUUACAUAAAGGGUCCAACUUCUUUUGCUGAUAUAAGAACAGUUAAUAAUGUUACUUAUAGCAAUUACAAAGACGCGUGUUUUGCGUUAGGGCUUAUGGAUGAUGACAGGGAGUUUAUUCAGGCGGUUAAAGAAGCUAGCUACUGGGGCACUGGUGGUUAUUUGCGUCAAUUAUUUGUCGCUCUGCUUCUUUCAGAUCAAUUACAUUGUCCCGGUUUUGUUUGGACCAGCAUAUGGGAGUUUCUUAGCGAUGAUAUUCAAUAUAAGCAACGACGUCUUCUUGGUCUACCAGAUUUAGUGUUGACAUGUGACCAGUUGAGAAGCUAUGCAUUAGCCGAGAUUGAAAUUGCAUUACAAAGUAAUGGCAAGAGUCUGAAAGAUUUUUCUGACAUGCCUCAGCAAGACGAUGGGUUAGUUCCAGAUAGAGGGAAUAGGUUGAUUUACGAUGAAUUAAAUUACGAUCGCAAUCUAUUAGCUGAUGAGCAUCGUAUAUUAAUGUCAUCCAUGACAACUGAACAGCGGAAAAUAUAUGAUAAAAUCAUGACAAGAGUUCAAGAGAAUAUGCCAGGUUUCUUUUUCCUUAAUGGUUAUGGAGGCACAGGGAAAACAUACAUUUGGAGGGCUUUGUCAGCAGCAUUAAGAUCUAAGGGUGAAAUCGUUCUAACAGUGGCGUCCAGUGGUAUAGCUGCCUUGCUAAUUCCUGGAGGAAGGACUGCUCAUUCUCGAUUUGCCAUACCAAUAAACAUCGAUGAAUAUUCUACAUGUCAAAUAGGGCCAUCUGAUCAUCUCGCCCAUCUAAUUCGUCGUGCAAAAUUGAUUAUAUGGGAUGAGGCACCUAUGAUGCAUAGACAUUGUUUUGAAGCCGUUAAUCGUACUUUGAAGGAUAUUAUGCAAGAGAAGCAGUUUCCAUUUGGAGGAAAGGUUGUUGUGUUAGGUGGGGAUUUUCGUCAAAUACUACCCGUUAUACCCAAAGGUACAAGGCACGAUAUUGUUCACUCUGCUAUAAAUUCUUCUCCUUUAUGGUCCUCCUGUGAGGUCUUAACAUUAACGACUAAUAUGAGACUUCUAGCGGGAUGCGCAGAUUCAGAUAUUGAGAGGAGGAGAGAUUUUUCUCAGUGGAUAUUGGGAAUUGGUGAUGGGAGUAUCGGACAUGCGGAUGAUGAAUGUAUCGCUGUUCAAAUCCCACAAGAUUUGUUGAUUGAUGGUGGCGCUGAUCCUCUUUCUAAUAUUGUUCAAAGUACUUACCCAAACUUAUUGGAAAAUAUGAAUGAACCAUCCUUUUUCCGUGACAGGGCUAUUCUCGCUCCAACGAAUUCAGUUGUUGGUAGUGUGAAUGACUAUAUUUUGGACAUGAUUUCCACUGACGAAAAAAUUUACCUCAGCUAUGAUUCUUCAUGUAAUGAAAAUUCAGCUGUCGAUGUCCCGGAUAAUGUACACACUCCAGAGUUUUUGAAUACUAUUGCUUCUUCUGGGAUUCCAAAUCAUAAGUUAAGACUUAAAAUUGGAGUCCCAGUUAUGCUCAUGCGAAAUAUGGAUCAAUCUUCUGGGCUGUGUAAUGGUACAAGGUUAAUAAUCACUAAGAUGGGUACUUAUGUUGUCGAGGGGAUGAUUAUAUCUGGUAGCCAUAUUGGUGAAAAGGUUUUCAUUCCGAGAUUGUCAUUGAUUCCUUCCGAUAAGAGACUUCCUUUCAGAUUUAAACGCCGACAAUUUCCCUUGAGUGUGUCCUUCGCCAUGACAAUCAACAAAAGUCAAGGCCAGUCUCUAAAAAAUGUCGGGGUGUAUCUCUCUCAACCAAUUUUUUCCCAUGGACAGUUAUAUGUUGCUUUUUCAAGGGUUACUUCCGAAAAUGGAUUGAAAGUACUUUUGCCUGCUGAACCAGCCGACAAUCCAGAUGUUGCUCGGAACGUAGUUUACAAGGAAGUGUUUCGAAAUAUUUAA